AUGAUGCGCUUGUUUAACCGAUUCUACGCCCUUUGCGCCAUCGCCGUCUGCACAAUCCUCUACUCGGCAUGGUUCCUAACCUCUCGCAAUUUUGGUGAUAUUGUUCCGCUCGCGACGAGCAAGUUUGAGACCGCGGCGGACUUUGAUCGACGAUUGGUCGUGUUUGGAGACUCAUGGAGCGACAAUGAGACAGAGGAGCCACAAGGGAAGGUCUGGACUGAUUGGCUUUGUGAGAAAUUCUCGUGUCACCAGGAGAACCUCGCCGAGACAGCCAAGUCCGUACUUAGGGGCAAAUACGCCGGCUCCGUAGUCGACAACACCGAACUAGACGUACUGGGCCGCCUGUCUCAGACAAGGCUCAGCGAUUUCAAGUCUCAGCUCCAGCACUGGCUCGACGCCGAACAGAAAAGCAUCCAAGGCCUGACCGCGGACGAGAUCAAGUCCCGCCAAGACCGCACCAUUUUCGUUGUUUCCUUCGGUAUCUGGGACAUUUGGUCCCUCGUCGCCAAGGACUAUGACACCGCCACCGCCUCCAUCGAGCGUCGCGUCCAGACCGUGAUGGAUCAGCUGAACCUUCUCUCCGAGCGUUGGGGCUCCGAUCAAUUGAAGGUGAUUCUGACUCAGUCCAUCGACGUGACUUUCUUACCGGCAUUCCCGUCCGCAUUCACCUCACAGGGCGACGAGUACAAGAACGCCGUUAAGAUGCUGGGCCACUGGAACCAGAAACUACGAGAGGCGGCGAAGCCCUGGGAGAAGGGUACGAUUUACUUGUUUGAUACGAAUGCCUUCUUGUUAGAUUGUAUUCGCGACUGGCAGCUCUUUGCGGCAGGCAUCAAGGCGGAAAGUGGACUGGGCACGAACGAGGAUCCCGGGUGGGAAAACGUCGCCGACGCCUGCGUCGAAUCACCGGGUUCGUUCCAGGUCAUGAUGUCAAAGGGCAAGGAUAGGAAACAGUGUGAACACCCAGACAAGUAUCUGUUCUGGAACGAAAUGAGUCUGGGUCCAUCUGCCCACCGACUAAUGGCGACGGAAGUGUACCAAGGGAUUGAUGGAGUUCUCUUGAACCAAGAGUCUAAGAAACGCCGCCACACCCGGGGCUUUGCAGCUUAG